UGAAGAGUCAAAUCUAGAACUCAAUGAAGAGUCAAAUCAAGAACUCAGUGAUGAUAAGGAACCUCAUGAACAGUUAAACCAGGAAUCCAAUGAAGAGUCGAAUCAAGCAACAAGAGAGGAUUAUAACACAGGUGAAGAUGGGGUUGAUGCCGGCCCAAUAAGUCAAGAAGUUGAAGAUGAGGAGACUCCCAUGGAUACCUCUAGCCCUAUGGAGGUGUUGGACACUGAGAGGCCUGAAGCUGUCAUUGAGCCUACUGCAGAACAGGACAUUGAAGAGGAUAUGGAGAUUGGCUCAGUAGAAAAUGAUGAUGCAAGUGAACCAACAACUCAACAGAAUGAGGUCACCCCUCAGUCUAUGACAUCAGUUGUAGAUGAAAAAACAGGAAAACCAGAACAGCCCUUAUUAGAGCCUGUUGGCCCACCUCUUCAAGCUGUGGAUGACGAAGGCUACGAUGAUGUUGAUAAUGAUACUCCAAUAAAACCUGAUGAGACACCAACUAAAACUGAUGAAGAAAAUGAGGUUGAGACAACAAAUACAGAAGGGGAAAAAACCAUUACCCCUGAAGCUGAUAAUCAAUCUGAAAUUACAUCAGACAAUCAAGAAACUGAAAAAGCAGAGGAAAACAAACUCUUAGAAAACACAGAUAUAAUCACCGAAAAUCCGGAAGACAACCCAACGACUUGUGAAAAACUAACAACUGAAUCAUCUGAUUCAAAGGAAGAACCCAACGAUGUUGAUAACCAAGAUAUGGAUGUAAAAGAGGAGUCCAAUGAACCAACUGAAGAAAAGGACUUAACCAGAGAACAGGAAGAUGCCUUGUUAGAUGAGUGUACAAAACCUAAUGAAAGUCAAUCUGCUUCUCUUUCUGGCACUGAUCGUCUCGCUCAAGCUGUUACCCAGGCGAUGGAUGACAUCACAAACUUACAAAGUUGCCAUAGCGAUAACUCUAAUAAUCUUACUAAAACUACCAAAACCAUAGAUGAUACUAUAAAACCUAAUGAAACCUUUGCAGAUGGAAACCAUGAACCUUCUACAGAUAACAUUUCUGAAACCAAUACUUCUGGUAAUAUUCUUGGCUCUAUGGAUGAAGCUAACCCUGUUGUGGUCAAAGGAGAGGCUAGUGAGGGGGAGGAUAAUACCGAUCCUGAUCAAGAUCCUCAACCUUCUAUUGAUCUUGGAUCUUCUCUUGAUCAUCGAUCCUCUCCAACUAACACAGAGUCAUCUUCUGUUGAAGUCAAGAAAGAACUUCUUGAUUUAGCUGAGGGAAUAUCAGAAGAAACUGACCAACCAGAGAAACCCACAGAAAUGGACCAAUCAGAGCCAGGAAAGGAAGAUGACCAAUCAGAGCAUUCAACUAAAGAAAUAAACCAGCCAGAACCAGAAAAGGAAGUUGAGAAGUCAGGGCAGACAGCUACAAAAAUGGACCAAUCAGAACCAGGAAAAGAAAAGGAAAAAGAGGCUGAAAUGAGCUUAAAAAUUUCUUCUGUCAGUGGAUCAACAAUUCAGGAUGCAAACAUCCCCGUUCCAAGAAGUGACCCCCCAAGGCCAGCUGACACUCCUUACCCUAUCCCUGUUGAGACUUCUACCCCAUCCAUUACCCCCACCAGCAGCAUCAAACUUGAGCCCAAAGAACCAGAAAAAGAGGAGAAAACAUUACUUACUGAAACUGUUGCUAGUAAUAUUAAACAAGAAAAACUUCCAGAGAAACCGGACAUCAAACCUACAAUUGAUACAACACCACCUGCUCAAACUGAAUCACAAAAGAAGGCAUCAAAAUUCCACAAAUGUAUUGUGUGUAGCAAGGUCGGGAAAUGCAAGUAUAACAUUGUGCGCAAUGGUGACAUCAAACAUUUAUGUGAUGAUAAAUGCUUCAAAGUCUUCCGGGCCAACCCCGCUAAUUAUCUCCAAGGAACUACAGAAGCGCCACCUGCCAGUGUGCCAAAGGAAGCAACAUCACUCUCGUCGGCCACCAACCCCGUUGUACCGCAAAUCUCUGCACGAGUCACUCAGUGUUUUUUUUGUACUAACAAGAAAAUGACAAGCUAUAUACGCUGGCUGGAUUUGGAUUUCUGCCAAGAGAAAUGCCUCAGUUCAUGUCAGAUGACCAUUGGAGACAUGUGUGCAUUUUGCGGUGUGACUCUCCAAUUAAAUGUUCGUGCUAAGUUCUGUAUUUGGGUUGCGGACACCAUCAAGCAAUGCUGUAGUGUCAAGUGCCAUUCAGAUUAUCAGUCCCGCACAAGAAUCUGCACCUUCUGUAACAAAAUCGUCAGCGGAUCUGGAUUGAAGAAACAAGUUGUCACUGGCCAGGGGAAACUAAUCUACGGAUUUUUCUGUAACCAGCAAUGUUGGUGGAAGCUUGAUGAUACGUCAUGGCCGAAUCUUGGAACAGAUUUAAAACGUCAAGUGAAUUGUGCUGUCUGUGGAAAAGACUGCAUUGCAAGCCGGGAGAUAAAAAUCAACGGUAAAUGCAGUAGUUUGUGUAGUGAUCCAUGUCUCGCUGCGUUCCGCUACGCCAACAAACUAGGAAAUCAUCUUUGUGCAAUGUGUGGGGCUUACUGUUUCAACGAAGGGAUGCUACCACAAUUAAUUCGCCUCGAGGGUGAAGAGAAACGUCUAUGCAGCUUUAGAUGUUCAAAGCAGUUCAAGAAUGUUAAUGCCAAACCGUGCCAUUGUGCUUGGUGUAACAACAUCAAAAUCAACACAGAUAUGAUCGAGAAAAUCGAUGAGAAUCAGAAAGUCACGAUGUUUUGCACCCUGAAUUGUUUGUCACUUUUCCGUGUGAACCAGAAUGCAGCCUCCAAUAAACACAUCAGUUGUGACAAAUGCUCCGCUGUUGCCCCAGCUCAGUACCAUCUGACGAUGAGUGACGCAUCUGUUCGUAAUUUCUGCUCCUACAACUGUGUGAUGCAGUUCCAGAAGACAUUCUCGCAGCCUCAACCUCCCGCCACCACUAAAGCUGUCGUUUCCAUAAUCCCUCCUACCACUACCCCAAUGGUGACCCAGACCACAUCGACCAUAGCAACCAAUACCACCCCCGGGACAAGGACAUCGAAACGAUUACAGAAGCAACCAGCUAUUGCCUCUACCCAGCAGAAUAGCAUGCCUCUCAUCUCCAACGUUGUGUCGCUGGCUGCUGAAGAUGCUCCCACUAAGGCUCCUGCCUCCAAAAUUAUAAUUAAAAAGCCUAUCACUGUGCCACAGAUACAACAGACAGUUGUUGUGCAACCCCCUCCCCCUAAACAAGUGAAGAACAAAUCUCUACUGUGUAAACCAUUCACCAUGACUAAAGCCACUUCUUGUAGACCACAUACACAAACUAAAGAAGCUCAAACCGUUGAAGAUAUUAACCCAAAGUUGUUGGUCAUCCCAGUGCCGGUACCAAUAUAUGUCCCAGUGCCUAUGGCCAUGUACAACCACCCAGUGCCGUUUCCUUUACCCAUACCAAUCCCAGUGCCAGUGCCACAGUUUAUACCUACAUCCAAGAAAAAUGCUGACAGCAUUCUAAAGCAUGUAAAGGAGAUUCAAGAGAGGAUGCCUGCAGAUCCAUUUGAGGCUGAAAUUCUCAUGAUGGCAGAGGCUGUGGCGACUGAAGGAAAGGCAGACUCUGAUAGCGACACUGAGGUAGAUGAACCUACUCCAGCUCCACCUAUAAAAGAAGCAAGUACGUUCCAAGACACAAACUCUCCAACGGUUGCAGCAGCAGUCAACACAAAUGAACAAACAAGCAAUACUGCCCUAUUAAGCGAAGACAUGCUUCAGAUGGCCCUGCGAAUGACAGAAAUGACUGAACCAAUGAUGGACUUAGAGACAACUUUAGAACCAGCUUCCAUCAAUCCAGAAGCUGAGCAACCAGCUUAUACAAAUAUCCCUGCACCUGUCCAGCAACCAGAAAUCAUAGCUCCCCCAUCUCCCCCCAAGAAACCAACUAGAAAACGUGGUGGCCCUGGACGUGGUCGCGGACGAGGAAAACGCCAACGAGUCUCAGCACCCAUUGAAGACCGACAGGAAAUGAUUCCACAGCAACAGGAAGUAGUCCAACCACAGGAACCGCCUCCACCUCCCCCGGAUGCUGACAUGAGAUUAAAAUACACAUAUGGCGUUAAUGCAUGGAAACAUUGGGUGCUACAGAAAAAUGCACAGCUCGAACGGGCUUCGAAAAGUAGCCGUGUAAAAAUGUUUAAGACCGACAUCUUGGGUUGUACAGCAGAUGAAUUGAAUUACUCCCUCUGUCUCUUUGUCAAGGAGGUUCGGAAACCAAAUGGAGAAGAAUAUGCACCAGAUAGUAUAUAUUAUCUAUGCCUAGGUAUCCAGCAAUAUUUAUAUGAGAGUGGGCGUAUAGACAACCUCUUUGCCGAUUUCUACUACGAGAAAUUCGCAGAAUCUCUGAAUGAAAUCGUCUCAAGAUAUGAGGUCAAAUUGAAUCACCAAGGUCUGAUAGUUUGUCGUAUAGAGGAGGACCAUCUCUGGGAAUGUAAACAGCUAGGAGCACACUCCCCUCAUGUCCUUCUCAACACAUUGGUCUACUUCAAUACAAAGUCUUUCUUACUAAAGACCCCUGAGGAACACCUUAAGCUCUCUUUCUCCCACAUAAUGAAACAUAUGAAAAAGACGAAUAUGCCUGGAGGAAAGACACCAGGACGUAUGGUAUAUCUACGCUACUAUGCUCCUUUGGCCAAUGGACGUCCCACAAACCCAGGUGCUGACAAGAAGAGAAUGGUGAAGGAAGACCAGCCAGUCUUUGAACAAUGUGAAAAUGCUGAUAACCCACUAAGGUGUCCUGUGAAGCUAUAUGAAUUCUAUCUAUCAAAGUGUCCCGAGAGCAUCAAGAAUCGCAACGAUGUAUUUUACCUGACCCCAGAAAGGUCCUGUGUUCCAGACAGUCCCGUAUGGUACUCCACCAUACCACU